UCUCCAAUCCCCGAAAAUUUAGCGGCUGCUACAAGUCUGACGAAGGUCAUCGCUUAACGUCAUGUAGACGAGUUAAAAUGUGUUGUCAUCGAUGGAGAUGAGCAAAAAGUUGUUGGAUUUCAUUUCGGAAACCAGGGAAUGGUCUAAAAUGACAUCAUUCCUCCAAUGCCUGAGGGUGGUUGCCAUGGUGAUGUGGCUGUGUGCCCAUGGCUGCAAUGGUGAGGAGAGUCCUCCCAUUCAUCACCUGGUUUUACUGGAGAACCUUCCGUCUGAAUUUAACCACACCUCCAACCCUGAGAUCGUCAUCCGUACCAACUACAGCGGACUAGUCCACUUCAAGGAGUCAGAUGAUUUUAAAGUCCUGCUGAAUAUCACUGCACCCUCUAUUGACAAGGCCUAUGCUGUUCACUCACAUAUGGUUGCUGACAAGGGGAGACUACUCAUUCAAGUGUACGAAGAGCCUUCCGCGGCACGAGUCAUCAGUCUCGGAUGGAUUUUCCUCUUGGUAGGCAUAGCGACUUGUUUGGUCGCCACACUGGCUGUCCUGUACGCAGUAUGGUGGUACUGUAGUAAAAAGUAUAUUGACAUCGAACAAGACAACCUUCGACAUGGCAAUGUCAUGUAUCGCGCCAGGAACAGCAUGCAUCUCUCUGCGACACAGGCGGAGGAGAUCAUGUUAUCGCGGGGGGACGACGAGCAUGAUGGCUUUCCGAUUGACGAUCCCCUCAGAGGAGUCCCAGAACUGCCAGAACAGGAGGAAGCAGAGGCUUUAGAGAUGGAAGAACUACAGGCUACAGAAAAGCAUGCAAUCGAUGGCGAUAGUGACAAUGACUAUGAGAAACGGGUUGCCAAGAAACGUCUUCAGGCCCAAGCUAGAAAGAUACACAAAGAUUAUUAUAAGAAGGAUAUAGCUAGACGCAAGAGACAUCCUUCCCUGAAUGACCCUCCCUCUUAUGACGCUGUGAUGGAGUAUCCGAAUGAAUCAAGUGACGAUUCAGAUGAAUCGCCAGAACAUGACACGAGUAACCGACGGUUACUACCAACAAUAGAAGGUUCUGACACAUCAUUAGGUGACAGGACCUAUCAGAACGUGUACCGGGACGGCGCUAUUACAACAUUCCGAACAUUAGACACACACAUUCCUGUUGCACAUUCAGACGGUGACCUCACCCUGGCAAACUUGGCAAGUCGUAGAGGGCGACACCUGCCCCGGCUUGCAAAGGGCAUGGUGACGCCACCCGUUGCUAUGUCGGAAGAAUUAGCGCGGGGACCAUCUUUCCCCAGAACUGACAGCACUACUGUUGGUAGGGAUAGCAAAGAGAAUAUGGCCACCCGCGAAGAUAGUAAUGCCUCUCCCUUCAGAGUGACGGCUGUCGUACACCAAACCACACCGCAGUCUCCAGAACACGCUGGGUCACGUCCAGGAAGUACAACCGGGUCACGCCCUGGGAGUACAACCGGGUCACGCCCUGGAAGUGUGAUAGGGUCAAGGCCAGGCAGUGGUAAGGGGUCACGACCUGGGAGUAGUACUGGUUCAAGAGUUGGCAGUAACUCUCAGCUUAGACCAGCAUAUGCUACAAUAAGCCAGGCCCAUACAGUGUCAACCAUGGACUCUGGCAUCUACACAAUGGAGAAGAAUCCCAUGGACAUCCCUUUGACAAGCUUUAAGAGUCGUGGACCUCCCCCGCCCAUCCCUGUCAAACCCCCUGUUGUACCUCCUCAAAGAAAUACACCAGUUUCAGGUGCCCGAAGUCCACCAGCAUCUGAAGCACAGGACUUAUACCAAUAUGGUAAAUUGGAGAAUUCUGGCAACCCAUACCCUCCAUCAUUGAUGACGUCUGAUAGCUUGAUGAGCCCUGGUGGUCAUCGCUUCAGUUUAAUGAGUGAGAAAACCUUCUCCCUUUAUGGCAGCAGCGAGAUUUUUGAUGCUAACCAACAACAACGGGACAAGGAUUUUGACGAGGAAGACAGUGAAUCUGAUAUCGAGGUGGAAAUUCCACCACUGGGAGAUUCUGAUGCAGAUAUUCUAUCUGACGCAAGUCUGCCUCUUCCUAGUCCCCCAGCCUUUAUCCGACCUCAGGGAUCUAAUUACACAUUUGAUGGAAGUCCGAUUAGCCCUGCUGCCAGGAAAUUCCUGUACGGAGACAGUCUCCAUGGUAUCUCAGCCAUGUCUCCCGCCUUUGAUGACUGGGAUGAUAUGAGAGGUGGACGAUUGAUAGCUGCUACAGCCUCCCCUACUAAUACGUUAGACAAGCACUUCGUGUUCCCUCCUCCGCAACAAUCCCAGGACUCCGGGAUGUCAGACGGGCCAGAUAUGUCCAGCUUCAAUGACAAUAACGGCACCUCGACACCUCCACCCCUCCCGCCUCCGAAUCCGGUACCAAGGAGUAUUUCAGACAUGCAGGGAAAUCACAUCAAUCUACAGGCCCCACCCACUAAAAACCCGAAAACAUACCACUCCCCACAUCGAUACUCCACUUCCCGCGAGGAGGGCCGAUCCCCUCACCAUCUUCAUCCAGAAGGGAGGGAGUAUGCAGAACAGAACGGCCACCGUGAACGACAGCGCCAACUCUCGGGAGGGAAACCUGGUAGAGGAAGGGGAGGAAAACCUCUUUUAGGACCUAAAGUUUUGCAUCUGACAAUGCUAUCAACGUUCUGUGUACUGAGUGUUCUUGGUGGAGUCUAUGCCAAAAUGGCCGAGCCUGAAACAGAGGUUUAUAUGACGGUGUACGCCCCACGAAACUUUCUGGCUGCCCAUCGCAUCAACGUCUUCUUCAACCAGGACAAAAAAGCAGAUAUUGAGGCAUCACCAUUCAACGUGCAGCCCUAUGUGGCGUCUGAUCCCAUUCUGUGGCGGAUGAACUCGUCUCUGUGUGUGAGAAAUAAGUGUGCACAGGGGUGUGAUGAGAACACAGGUCGCUGUAUUUGUAAAAAGGGCUACAAGCUUGAUAAGGAUGGAAACUGUAAAGAUGUCAACGAGUGUCAUGAAAUGACCUUCCGAUGUCACAAGGAUGCCGGCUGUCUGAACAGUAAGGGAUCGUAUGACUGUCGAUGUAGUUAUCCAUUCUUUGGCGAUGGGAAGUACUGUGAAGAAUGUACAAAGGGGUGCCCAGAAAACAUGUGGGAAGUACAAGGCUGUACAAGCACACAGUCAAAGAUCUGUCGAGCCUGCACAAAAGUGUGUGUCGAUGGCUUCUACUUGCUGAGUCCCUGCCACACAAACAAUGACAUCACCUGUAGGAUGUGUCACCAGAAGUGUACAGGAGGCAGCUACGAGUACAAACAAUGUACCAGGAGGCAGAAUCGAGACUGUAGAGAUCGGUCUGAGUUGCGUGAGCCACUGACCAGUGCAAAUGUUGUCUAUGAGAACCAGUUGGAGGUCACAGAUGAGGAAGCCAAGAUGCCAUACACACAGUCGGACUUCAGCGAAGUACGCAGAUUCACCUUCCACAGAGGGUCUGGAUUCUACAUCAAAGUGGCCAUCAAGCAUCUCAACCCUACAUUUGUGUUUGAACCUGUCGAUCAUGCUGACAACAAUGACCUGAGGUCAUUUCCAGGGAAACCAAUGAUCACUCGCCAGUAUUGCCCCUAUCCCGUUCCAGCACAUUAUGAACUGUUUUAUCGGAAACACCAGAAUCAGAAGUACAGAACAUACAUGACAAAGACCGGCACAGUUAUUGAGCCAUGUGAUACCUACAUGCGACACGGAUCAUACCCAGAUCUAAGUCACCGGGACUCCGGCUCCAUCCUGUGUUCAGAGCCGGGGCCGGUCAGCAGUGUGUUUGCCAUCCAGCGCGAGUUUGGUACUAGCAAAGACACUUGGGUGGAAAAAUCUGUGAGAUGCCAUAAUGAAAACGAGGCUUGUCUAAACUGUACAAUUCUCUGUACACGUCACAUGAUGAAAGACUUGGGCCAGUGUGGUGUGCGGGAGUCUGACGGCGAUGGCGGGUCUCCACGGUUACCAACAUGUUUCGCCUGCUGUAUACAGCAGAACUGUACAGACAUAUGUCGGGACUACCAUGAUAGGGGAUGUCAGACUGUCAGAUGUCAAGAAGGGAAUUUGAUUGAGUUCCGUCUCAGACCCGUUUACAACAACGGAGAAGACUACCUGUGUCAUGUGACUCCAGUAACCAAUCAGAAGUUGAUCGAGUUGGAAUAUACCAUCAUGCAUUUCCACAAGGAGUUACUACGCAGUAAUAUCAGUAUCUAUGGUAACAAUAAAUGGAUGACAACAGGCAAGACAAAUCACAGGGAUAAGAUUAUCAACAUACAAAUCGACUCGAAGCUUGGUAAGAUGCCCAAUUUUAUUCAAGGAACACCUAGUACUGGGAUAAUGAAAGUGGGCGUGUACAAAGAGGAAGGAGCCAAGGUCAAACACGCCCACAUCACUGGGUCAUCAGCUCUGGCUCGACCAGUGUGGCCGUUUAAAGUGACAUCCUCAAUAUUUGGGAGUAAGUCAUGUGAGGAUGAAGCACUUGAUGACCUCGUCCUGGCAAUUGGUUCAGAGGACCCGUAUGACCCGAUUUCCGACCUGUUGGGGGUGUACGUUGGUAAUAUGAGCUACAUCAUCACAAAUUUCACGACACAUCCUCGAGUUCGCAUAGCUGUGGACAAACAUGUAUCGGUCCUUAGCGUCCUCUACCCAAGCACGGAACUUGUAUUCAGUCGUCUCCAUGGCAACAUCACCCAUAACUCAUCUCAUUGGCUUGUAGAUGUGUACGGAGCCGUCAAGACGUGUCCUGGUUUCCUGAAGUUGAAUAUUUCAGAUGCAGACUAUUCCAGCGAUCCACUGUUUCAGUAUGAGCUCGGAAUCAAAUGCCCCAAAACGUUUAACAUAUCUUUCUCGAUUCCAAAUGGGGACAAGCCUUACUUUGAAAAAGAUUUUAUUGUGACAAUUAAGGAUCGAGUGACUACCUACCAUCUCAACAUCUACAAACCCAGGUCAAAGGUCACAGAAGCACCAACUAAACAGGUGACCCGCGGUCAGCUGCUGAGUCUGACGGCUACUGAGGAUGUCACUCCACCACACUUCUCCAUUCCCUUCAUCGCCUCCGUUUGUGGAGGCACUCUCCUCCUCAUCUUCAUCGCUACCUUCGGCAUCUGUGUCAAAUUCAACCAGCCCCGUGUGGACGUCCUUCGUUUCCACUGGUGUCAUCUCGUCCUCAUGGUCGGCUACUUGGUGUUCCAGUUUAUGUUUGCCGUGCUGGCUUCUAUGACCGUAUUUGUUCUUAUCAUCAUGGCUGUCAACAGUGACACGACGGCCUUCCUACAGAACUACCAACAGCAACGUUCAGUGAAGUCAGCGUAUAGCCACCUAGAGCUUGACCACAUGGAGCGCCACCUGUUGGCAGAGAUCACGCGACAAAACCAACUUGCCAAUAGUUCAAAGGCCAUGUGUGAACAGCAAAUGCACAAGAUUACAGACGAUUUCGCUAAGUUAAAGGCUGAAAUGGAGAGCGAGGUGAAGACGAGGAUGGAACAGGAGAAUUUGAACAACCUGUUGGCAGACCACACCCAACAGCUGUUACAGAGUUUUACCAACAGUCUGGCCAUCUUCAGUUACCGAUACAAUAACUACCUUAAGUAUACGAGGCAAGUCUUUUCCUCCGAUAUCCGUGACACCUACGACAGUGUCGAGAAGAACAAGUGGCUAUCUGGAGCAAACUUCCUUCGACGUAAAGUGAAGAUUCUACGGGACAUGAUGAAUCUGCCGACCAAACCAUUCAUUGACUGGAUGGGCUUGAAGAACGACCUUCUACAUACAACAACAGACACGCCGAUACCCACUCCACACUUACCAAGGUUCAGUAUGGCUGACACUGUGAUGGGAGGUAACAGCGACCAAUCCGCAGGGUCAUCACCAACGAUUAGGACAACUAACGAGAAAACACUCGAGAGCCAUAACUACUGGAUCUACAACAACCAACCACAAGGCUCCAACAAGCCCCUGUAUGAACAAAACACAACCGAGACCCAGACCGACGCUCAUCAGAUCUCCAAGUCAAGUUACAACGGAUAUUAUAUAUUCUUUGGUGUAAUGUUAAUGAUAGACUUGGUGUGGUUUCUUCAUCGGAUGUUAAAGGCCGUGGGUGUCAGUCAGCUCUUGUUGUUCGGCUACCCGAUUUACCUCGACAUCCGCGACAAAACAGCAAGAUCUCGUCACCCCAGUGAAAGUGAGGCAUACAUGAAGAAGCGGAAGAAAUGGUUUAAAAAGGGAUUCUUUCAUACAAUGAAGGAGUUCUUCUUUAAAAUACUGUCCAGUAUGUUUAUCCCCAAGGUGAUAACAGCAGUCCUGGUGUGUCUCAUCAUGUAUGUGUUGUCUGUGGCAACCUUCCACUUCGUCAACAGAGAAACGUUUAGCUACCUAGGAUAUUACAAUAAUAUAGAUGAUCUAUUAGAGAUGAACGAAGCCUUCAUCAACAAUCGUAUAAAGACCCAUGCCAUGCGUAUCAACAUGAUGGAAUACCCUACCUAUCAGGAGUUGGUCAAUCUACACAUACAGCGACACCAUUACGUGUACAAGAUGGUCGAGAGACAGUGGCAGGUCCUCAGCGACGCCCACGGUCAGUUAUACUGUAAAUACCUCCAACAACUUGACGUCAAGGCCAAGUGUAACAAACCACUCAGUACUAGGUUCAGUGAAAUACAGAUCUCAGCCUGUCACUUUCAACAGGUGGAACCAGAGCUGUAUGAAGGACAUUCCGGUCCGGAGUCCACAGUGGCUGAGGUACAGAUGGAUGCUUUCCUGAAGAGUAUCCGACAGAUGAUCUCGGAUACUAGCUAUAUUGUCCUCAUCUAUCUGUCCGUCAUUAUUGUCAAGGAGUUACUGGGAACUGUCAUCUGGCUUUAUAUGAAAAGGUCUGGUUUUAUGAACCUGCGAAUAAUUUACGAGGCUGAUGAACCACCACCUCCAGCCUCUAGGACGAUGUAGAUUCAGUCUUGAUGUUGUAAUUAUCAGAUGGAACUGAUGAAGUCACUUCUGGCUAGUGAACUUGAGUGAAACCAGUGUUAUUUCUCUUAACAUUAGAAGUGUUGAAAGAACUGGCUUUAAUUCUUACUAGUGAACUUGAGGGAAACCAGUGUUUUUUCUCUUAACAUCAGAAGUGUUCAAAGAGCCGGCUUUAAUUUUUGUAAUUACUAUGUGAAGUGUUGAAGCUCACACAGGAUGUAAUUUGGUCAAGGUCACACUUGAUUAAAAUUUGGAGGUCACCGUUUUUUUCUUGAUUGUCAAGGAUAUUUGUGACAAAUUGUGUCUUUGUUAGUCAAUGGAUAUAAUACAGGCUGUGAUGCCACAGGCAUUGUUUUAAGCUUUAGUAAUGAAUCAAUUGCCCUGAAUCUCAUGAUCUUAUGUCAAACAGAAAGCAUUUGUGAUAACAGAAUUGACCUGCAUUUCUGAGUGCUUGAACUUCACCAUGCCUCUAUAUAAGGGGGAAGAAGACUAUUGUUCAGUGCUAAGUUAAAUGUGAAUUUGUUAUUAAGGAGACGAGCCAAGCUGAUGAAGAGUUGUCUCUUUGUGGAACAAAAGGAUACUGUGUUUUUACUACAGUGUAUCAACCAUCAUCAUCAAAUGCCUUGUCUUUGAUAACAGUGUGUAUUUCCAUAAUGUCGUUCAUGGUUGAUGUUAUUGUAUUUGUGAACAUGUGAUUUUUAUAUUGAGCUUUGUGCGAACAAUGGGAAGUGAUCCUGCCUGUUGACGUACAAUGUAUUGAAGCUGUUUUGUCAGAAAUAUAUAUAAAUAUAAAAUGAUGAUAAUCCUUGAUAGGUUUCGAGAUCACUAUGUGUUCAAUUGUCUGCUUUCUGUGUACCGACACUAUGAAUACCGGUAUCGUGAAAAGGGUUGUCUCCCUUUAUAGAAGUGUGGUACUUCUCCUGCUUAGUAAAAGAAUUGUGAGUUAUGUGGAGCAAAGACGAAAUCCUAUAUUUGCUGAUUAUCAAAACGCAAUAAAAAAAACAAUGACCUUGGAGAAAAAUUAUAAUGUAUAUGCCGAGAAAGAACAGCUAGCAGAUGAAAUGUCAUAAUACUAUUUUGAAUAACAUAAUAAAUUGUGUAUAGAGUAAGUGUGUUUUUUAUGGAAGGUGGAUAUGAAUGUGUGUAUCAUUGUAUUUCGUGUUUGUUGAUUUUAUGAGAAUAAGAAUGUCUGCAAUAUUAAAAUAUUAGAUUUAUAUAUGACAGGUUUCUAAAAUAAAUAUAUCUAGUCCAAAAUGUUUUUCAUAUAUUAUAUAUAAAUAUAUAGAGGUAUAUCCUUAAUAAUUUGAAUGUGUCCUUGUUAGAAUGCAUUUCACAUCCCCUGUUUAACCUACUUAAACUCACCCUUCAAUUGUUAUGGACAAGUUUAUUAUGUUAAAUGGGGGCGAUAGGUUCUGCUGCUUUUUGUUCUAACCAAAUUGAUCUCAUAUUUUGAUAACUCAAAAGGAGUUGUCUACCUUUGUAUAUACUAUAUAUACGUGUACCGACACUAUGAGUUGUCUACCUUUGUAUAUACUAUAUAUACGUGUAUAUAUAUAUAUUUCCUAUAUAUAUAUAUUUUCUCAGUGCUGUUACCCAAAGGAGAAUGUUUAUUUCAAAGAUUUUGCUAAUUAAUAAGAAUAUAUGAAGUAUCAAUUUAUCAAAAGUAAUUCACUGUUUUCUUAACACACAACUAGACUAAGGGAUAGAUUUUCACAGUACAUUGUACCAACAGCUAGAGUUUGCUUUAGUAUUUUUACAAAUUUUAUUUUCAAAUAUUGAUAUGAGACUACAUGUAUAUGUUAAACCUUACGGAUUUCAAAUAAUGAUUUAUUAAUUGAUGUCAUAAUUUGGUUUCCUUCAGUGAUCAUAUUCAUGAAACAUUUGGACUGGAAAUAAUCACAUCAUACAUACUAUCAAUAAUAUAAUGCUAAGGAUUUCUAAUUGUGGGAGACCCAUUAGACUCAGCUCUGUACUCAAUCGACAGAGUAGAGUGUUUUGGGUAUCUGACCAGGCGGUAUCUCGGCUUUUAUUUUCUGUGUUAUUUAGGGAGACGAUGGUUACAUUGAUUUACAUAGAUUUGAUUAUCAAUGAAUUGGCUUUAUUUUUACUGUCAGCAUUAGCAUUGUGUACUUUGUGAAUUACGACUUGUGGAACGACUAUCAUAUCAAAAGAGUUGUCUAUGUUGGUUUAUUGUGUUUCAGAGCUUCAGUUUAACUCCCAACACAAUAAUCAAAUAUUUUCGGAUAGGAAUAUUAAAAUCUCCGUCAUAAAUGAAAAUAAGAGUUUCUUGAAACCAUUAGCAGCUUCAGAUGUACAGAUGUACAGAUGUACAGGUGUGUUAUGAUUGGAAAAGUGUUUCAAUUUACCUCUCACAUUGGUAUUCGUAUGAUUGCAACCUGCUGUAUAAAUUGUCCCAAUAAAAAGAAUAAUAUAAACAAGAAAAUAUCUAUUCCCUAAACAAAAGUAAACUUGGAAUCAGUUGCUUGACGUAUGUCAUCUGUUACACUUAUAGUUAUUUUGUAUUUUAAUGCUUUGAUUGUCAAUCAGUUAUUGUCAACAAAUAGACCUCCGAUCUCCUGAAAUACAUAAAUACUGUAAAAUCAUGAAUUUUUGUGGAGGUUUAUUUUCAUUGAUUUCGUGGGUACAACAAAUUCAUAUUUCCAUGAAUGAAGUGUUCACAUUUGACAUUUAAGUUUUUAUAUUGGUAGAUUUUGUUUGUAACAUGAAGUCAUAGUAUUUUUUAUGAAAACCCACGAAACUUGAGCCUCACAAAAAUAUAAGAAUUUUCAGUAUACACUGAUUUUGUAUCUGAGAGAUAUGAAUGGAAAAAACCCACGAAACUUGAGCCUCACAAAAAUAUAAGAAUUUUCAGUAUACACUGAUUUUGUAUCUGAGAGAUAUGAAUGAGAAAUGCUUAAUUUGUAGAUAGAUACAGUCAAACUGAUAUGGAUAAACCAAAUUAAACGUGAUAAAACCAG